AUGAAUCAUGAUAAAAAAACUGAUACUCUCGCCACAAGCAAUUGCACGCAGGGGCUAGACACGAUUCUCGAGCCGCCGGUUCACUGUUCCGUUCAGUCACCAUUCAGUUCAGAAGUCAGAACAGUCCCAAACGGUGUAGCCUGCCAUCUACCACACAGUCCAGUCUUCACUCUCAAUCCUCAUCUGCCACGCGAUCUAGUCAUGAGGGAAAUUGUACAUCUUCAAGCCGGUCAAUGCGGAAACCAAGUUGGAGCUAAGUUUUGGGAAGUUAUAUCUGCAGAACAUGGAAUCGACCCCAGUGGAAUUUACACAGGAGAUAGUGAACUGCAAUUAGAGCGUAUAAAUGUAUAUUACAACGAAGCAUCAGUUGCCUCCAGACAUGACGGUGGAAAAUACGUCCCCCGAGCCAUCCUGCUGGACCUGGAACCAGGCACCAUGGAUGCCGUUCGCUCAGGUAUAUAUGGAAAACUCUUCCGGCCAGACAACUUCGUUUUCGGCCAAUCCGGGGCAGGGAACAACUGGGCCAAAGGUCACUACACCGAGGGCGCAGAGCUAGUAGACGCAGUACUAGACGUGGUCAGGAAAGAAGCUGAGAACUGUGACUGUCUGCAAGGCUUCCAGCUCACACAUUCUCUUGGAGGGGGUACCGGAUCGGGAAUGGGUACUCUCCUAAUCUCUAAGAUCCGCGAGGAGUACCCCGAUAGGAUCAUGAAUACGUACUCUGUGAUGCCGAGUCCUAAGGUUUCAGACACUGUUGUGGAGCCCUACAACGCUACCCUAAGUGUACAUCAGCUGGUGGAAAACACGGACGAAACCUACUGCAUAGACAACGAAGCCUUGUAUGAUAUUUGCUUCAGAACUCUGAAGGUUCCCAAUCCCAGCUACGGAGACCUCAACCACUUGGUGUCCCUCACAAUGUCUGGAGUCACUACCUGCCUCAGGUUCCCUGGUCAGUUGAACGCCGACUUGCGAAAAUUGGCUGUCAACAUGGUUCCAUUUCCUCGGCUUCAUUUCUUCAUGCCUGGUUUUGCACCGCUUACGUCACGUGGUAACCAACAAUACAGAGCACUGACUGUCCCAGAGCUGACGCAACAGAUGUUCGACAGCAAAAAUAUGAUGGCUGCCUGCGAUCCUAGACAUGGGAGGUAUCUUACAGUUGCUGCGGUCUUUAGAGGUCGUAUGUCGAUGAAAGAAGUAGACGAACAAAUGCUGGCAGUCCAGAACAAAAAUAGCAGUUACUUUGUCGAAUGGAUCCCUAACAAUGUCAAAACGGCCGUCUGUGAUAUUCCACCAGUAGGCCUCAAGAUGUCCUCCACCUUCAUAGGAAACACCACAGCUAUCCAGGAACUUUUCAAACGGAUUUCUGAACAAUUCGCUGCCAUGUUCAGGCGUAAAGCGUUCUUGCAUUGGUAUACAGGAGAGGGCAUGGACGAGAUGGAAUUCACCGAGGCCGAGUCCAACAUGAACGAUUUGGUUUCUGAGUAUCAGCAGUAUCAGGAAGCCACGGCUGAUGAUGAAUACGAGGCUGAGGAAGAACCAGCAGUGGACGAUUUCAAUUGUUGACGUAUAUUUUGAUUUCACGAAUACCAAUUGAUGAGGAAAGGUGAUAGUUUGUUGAAAAGGAAAAUUGAUUUGGAACACUCACUGCCAAAGACCUCUGAACUCCUAACCACUGCACUCAAGUCUAGAAUUUUUGAUGAUUGCAUGAAUGUCGUUUUAUAUAUAAAUAAGACGAUUAUUUCUUAUGAACAGUACGUUUCCUAUUGGUAUGUUUUCGAGAUAAUGAUAAUAUUUCACUUAGUUACAUUGAUGAGAAACACUGGAAUAAAUUUAGUAGUACCUAAUAGAAAAUCAAUCGGUAAUACACUACUUCAUUCGGUUGGAUGAUCCUUUAUAAAUUGAAUUUUAUGAUCUUCAAUUAAUUUUUGCAUACUAACUAUUCAUUUGCAUACUCACCAUUUAUUUGAUGACCUAUUUAUUUUUCAUGAGUUGAUAGCAUAAGAGAUUUCGAUACCAAAGAGACUAUGUAUAUCAAUUUCAACUUAAUUUUACUGAUGAUGAAUCGAUUUUGCUUUUCACUUAUCAAGACAUCGAUAAAAAAAAUAUUAUUUGAAAUAUGUUAGUGUUGUUAACUAGUCGUAAAUCUUCUUGACUCUUUGCCAAAGUAAUUUUGAUUUGAAAUGUCUAUUCGAAUAAUUAUAGUUUAUACAUUAUUUAUAGUUAGGUCAUAGGUUGAAUUUGAAAUAUAUUUGCGGUCUUUGGAGGACGUAUCGAUACUUUCAAUAUAAAUAUCGAACCUCUCCCGAAGAUGGUUUUUAUAUUUCAUGGGCAUAUUGCAAAUAAUAUUUUUCAUCAUACACAGGAUAUGUGCACAUUUUUGUAUUUCGAAUUUUUACAUUUUUAUUUAUUAUAAAACGUGUAGAUUAAAGACUGAAUUUUCUACCGAC